AGACAGUUUGUCUAUUGGCUCAGGUCCGAGUCGUUUGCACCUAUAAAAAUCAGAAAAACGAGAAGUAGAAAGAAAGAAUUGCACGCGCUUCGAACUUCCGGUCUCAUGUCAUCCAGCAGAAACAAAAGCAAAAAAUAAUAAACCGCUACGUCCUGACUAAUUCUGACGCUUCCGCUCUGAACGGGGAAAUGGAGCGGAGAGGUUCCUAGGCUGAGUGGAGAAUUAUCGUCUGCUUUUUCAGUCGAGUAAAAGCAUGGAGUGGAGAGAGUGGUGUGAAUGAGUUGAAGGGGUUUUAUUUACAGUUUUGUGAGUGUUUUUUUCAUCUAUGGAUUUACAGUUCUCAUGAUUGGAAAUCUUGUGCAAGUUUGUUUGUGCAACUGGGAUUCUAAAAUGGAAAUCCCAUCAAGCGACUCGUUCGCGAACCCCGUCAAGAAAGGCCACCUGUUGAAACUGACGGGCCGUGGAUGGUUGUACUCGGGGUCCUGGAAAAAGCGGUACUGUAUCCUAGAAGGGUCUAAGUUUUACUUCUAUGAAAAUGAACAAAGCAAAGGCAAUGAGAAGACCUGCGGGGUGGUCAAUCUGGACUACUACGACGUGUGCGAGGAGAACAACCCCAAAGACAAAAAGAACCCGUACGUCUUCAUCAUUGGGACUUCCGUCAGAGGAUUCUUUGAUAAUCGGCAUCAGUUCGCCGCCGAAUCGGCCGACGACAUGCAGUCUUGGAUUCGAGCCAUCCAGACUGCCAUUGCGGAAGCGCGGGUCAGCCGCCGGAAGCCGAGCAGGAAGCGCCACCUGGAGGGGAAAUCUCCGGACCUCAGCACUUCCUCGCAGGAAUCCGAGGGAACCAGCACUGCCUGCCUAGUCAAUGCAACAAAGGAUAGAGCACGGGGACCCCAAGGACGAAGAUUACCUCAGAGGAAAUCCAUGAUGCCUGCAAGUCGUUCCGUAGAGGAAGCCGAUAUUCGGCAGAGGUCCAUCAGUCUCUCGGAUGCACAGAGGCCGAAUGCGGCCGGCGAGGGCGAUUCAAGUCCUUCAUCCAAGUCGCCGCCGGACGGCAAGUGGUUGAGUUUAUCUAUGGAAGAGGUGGACCGGGACAAGGAGAGUGGGUCGGACAACCAGAGGAGUAGUUCCGCUUUCGAUCUGCCCCAACACAAGGAGGAGAUCACACCCCCGAAACCUUACAAGAGGGUGGGCAACCUGCUGGGCCAGCACGCAGCCCUCACCAAGGAGCUGGAGAUGAGGCUCAAGUCCGGAAGGACGCCGGCCCAUGUCAGAGCUCCUUCGGAGAGCGAAGAAGAGGAACCUGCAGAAGUAAGGAUAGGCGCGAAGAUGGAACAACUAGCCACGAGGGUGACCUCUGCCAACGAGAGUCUGAGCAACCUGGAGGAGAAGGUGGGUCUUCUCAACAGAAAAGUGGAGGCGACACAGGAGAAGAACGAGAAAGUGGCGUCUCAGAUGGGCGACGCCAUGCUUCAGGUCACAGUCACAUUACAGGAGGCCGAGAGAAUAAACGCCGAAUGCAAGCGAGUCUUGGCAGAUGCGAACAAGGCCAAAAGCGAAUACCAGCUGUUGGCGAGAGAGUGCAGGGAAACUCUCGCCAAGCUUAACAGUGCCGAAACUCAGCAAAAUGGUGCCUAAAACUCCACAACGUGAAAAAAGUGCCUUGAUUAUACAAUAUUUGAAACAUUUUUUCAUACUGUUCCUUUGAAUGUUAUUUGGAAAAGUUCUGGAACACUUCCAUUCUAAGUGAGGGCAGACAGAUUUAUAGUUUUUAUUCAUAUUUAUUAAAGGAUAGUAUGUAUUGUGUCGGUCACGUUUUGUUGCCACCCGUUUUGGCAGCCAAAUUAUGCAUGUUGAAAAUGGGAAAAUAUAGCUUUUUUUCCACGUCACGCAUUUGACAAUGAGUGAUAAAUGCACAAUGAUUUUCUACUUUUUCAGCAAAAGGUUGCAGAAUAGCCAUCCCUUAGAUGUGCUAUUUGACAUUUCUUGGAAAAAGCUUAUGAACUAUAAUACACUGUUGCGUGUUAACUACGCAGCAGCAAGAACACAGCAAAGCGCUUUGACCACAAGGACUGGGCCUCUUUGAUAAUUAUAUCUAGACAAAUGUAAAAAAAAUGCAUUUUGUUAUGAGAAUUUAAAGAAAACGACUUGCUAUUUUUUAUUUAUGCAUACAUAUUUUCGCAGUUUUUUUUCAUGUCUAGUCAGUGCCUUAUCGUUUGCCAUAUCUGUGUGUGUUGCCACUUUGAUAAAACUAUUAAAUGAAUGCUUGUGUGAACUUUUUUACGGAAUAUUUGUGAAAAGAUUACAGAAAUUAUUUAGUCAAUAUAAAACGAUAGUUACUUAAACCUACGAAUGAUAUAUUUGUAAUUUUACCCAAUUUUUCAUACUCUUUCACUAUUAUCAAUAGAAGGGCCCUAUAAAGAAAGGGAAUUUAAGUUAUAUUUCAUGCCCGAAAAUUCAUCUAGAUAUAAUCUCUGCAUAUUUUAAGCAGAGAUACAUAUUUCAAAUUUGACUUUAAGCUUAGGAAGUUUUCGAGGUAAUGAGUAUUACUAUAUCUUAUAAAUCUAUUCCAGUGUUUUUGGAAGAUUAAAAAGCAACAAAAGUAAUUUCUUUAGCAAGAAAAUUAAUCGAAGUACAUGUUUAUAUAUAUAUAUAUAUAUAUAUAUAUUUGAAGUAUUAUGGAAUAUUCCUGAAAAGAUUACAAAAAAUAUUUUACCUUUUUUUUUUUUUUUUUUCUUCCCAAAAACUAUAUAAAUCAGAUAAAACUGUUUGUAAAACUUGCUUCAAGAAAGAUGCUCAGUCAGUUUUCAAGCAGAAAAUAAAACUAAAAUUGUUUAAACAUUGAGACUUCUAUAAUUUUCAAGAAAUAAGAAUUAUGCGACUAGAUGAUGGGGGAGUGACCAAAAUUGAAAAUUUACCAUAAUUCAGUUGAAUCAUCUCAGUUUCUCCAAAAUUAGACUAAAUAUGGCAACUUUUAACAGGGCAUGCCUGCAUUUAAAGCAAUGAAGUUUUAUAAAAGCCAUUUUGAUUGCAUUUCCUUACAUACUGAAAUACAAACCAAACUGUAUUUUUAAAUACAUAUAAAUAACGUUAAUAUUUCUUUUCUGCAACAAAUCAUAUCAUUUUCAAAUUGUAUUUAAAAAAAUGUUUCUAUCUAGUAAAAGGCUGAAUAAUUUCUGUAUUCAUGAAAUUUAUAUGUAAAGCAAAAAUAAAAAAUGAGAUGUAAAUAAAAUUUAU